GAUGGACGCGCAAGGGAGGCCCUGAUUGGUCAACAGCUGAAAACAGGUAGUGGAAAGCGACAGAGCACGAGCUUGAACACACUCUGCAUGCAGCUUUCGGUUUGUUUCUGCUCCAAACAGUGUCCAUCAUGGAGCCGCCCCUGUAUCCUCGUGAGUCUGGCCAGUUUGUAGCAGAGCGGAGUCUGGAUGUGUCUGUGGAGGAGGAGGGAGUGCAGAAAGCGGCAGAGAUGCUCUACACUCUCAGACACAGUGAUGAAUUGACUGCCAGUGGCUGGAAGAAGGCAAAUCCGUUGGCCCCGGCACCGACCUCUGACCAGGCUUUGAACUGGGUGUUUGUGGUGGACACCAUGAACUUCUCCUUUUGGCCAGAGAAGGAAACUCAGCAGUGUGAGGUGACGUAUAAAGGCACCACUUACACAGGCUACAUGACCUUGUGUGCGGCCAUAACCAGGGCCAUGGAGGAAGGCAUACCCAUCACGGAUCCGAAGUACUUCUCUCACAUGAGUGUGGAGGAGUUGGGACGUGUCCUUCGAUCAGACAAUGAAACGCCCAUGCCAAUGCUUCAGGAGCGUCACCAGGUGCUGACUGAAGGCGGCCGCGUGCUGCUGGAACACGGCGGAAGCUUUCGGAGUUUUAUCAGCCAAGCUGGGAACGACGCCCGGAAGAUGGUGGAGCUCAUUGUGGAAAAGAUUCCCUCCUACAGGGAUGAAGCUACAUUUGAGGGGAAGAGAAUCUCGUUCUACAAGCGAGCUCAGAUCCUGGUGGCAGAUUUCUGGGGCGUCAUGGCGGCCAGAGGAGAGGGCGAUAUCAUUAGCAUGGACUGGCUCACCAUGUUCGCAGACUACAGGGUCCCUCAGGCCCUUGUGUACCUCGGCGCGCUACGAUACUCCGACACACUGAUGCAGACGCUGAAGAAUGGUGAGCUGCUGAGUUCAGGGGACAGGAGAGAGGUUGAGAUCAGAGGUUGUUCGAUUUGGUCUGUGGAGCUGAUCAAAGCUCGUCUUUGCAAGCUGGUGAAGGAGAGAGACGGACAGACUUGCAACAUCAACUCAGCAAUCAUCGACUUCUACCUGUGGCCUUACGCCAAGCAGCACCACAAAGAAAUGGCCCACAUUCCAAUACACCACACACGCUGUAUUUACUACUGACGAGCUGGCUGGCAGCCUUACAUACAGUAGAUUGCACUUCUCAGUGUGCAGCCUUGGCGCCGGUGUCUUUCUCUGGGAUAAAGCCAACCAUGUCCCCCUGCCAGAUAUAUGGGCUUCUCUCUAGCUGUAAUGGAAACAGGUGUUAAGCUUUAAUGCGGCUUGUUUGUCCUCGUGGGUUGUAGCACUGUUGUUCAUUUGCAGUCAAUUAAGAUGUUAACUGGGAUAUUUUCUAACAAACCUCUCUCUGUAAUGGAGAACCAGUGAUCAUAGACUGUAUGUGAACAUAUAAUGAUGGACACAUCUGCAUGUCAGCAGCAAUUUUAAUUCCUGAACUGACACUCAUUGAACAGAAAAAAUAAAAUAUUUUCACUAGA